GAGCUGUCAAAUAAACGUCACCGCUUUAUUAAUGUACGUUUUAAUAAGUGAACUAAAAUAAUGGCUGUAAAGGCGCAAACAAUGAGCUGGGAAGAUUUGCGAAAGCAAGCUCGGCAUUUAGAAAACGAUGUAGAUUUAAAAUUGGUAGCCUUUUCUAAAAUGGGGAUAUCUUCCCCUGGGGGAUUAUCCUCUGGGGGAAGCGAUAAGUCACCCCUGCUCGGAGAACAUAUUUGUGAUAAUAUGGCUAUGGAAAUCGAUGGAAUGCUGGAGAAAUUAUCUACACUAAAUGAGAAAAUGUCUGAGCUACCGGCUAGUGGUGCUGCUAUGUUGCAUACAAUUCAAAGACAUAGGGAAAUAUUACAGGGUUACAAACAGGAGUUUAGAAAGAUACAAUCUAACCAUAAUUCAAGGAGAGAACGAGAAGAAUUAUUGCGAGAUAAUGAUAGUUCAAUGGAUAAAAUGAAUUCUGUUAAUGCUGGCCUAAAUAGACGUGAUUUGUUUUUGAAAGAAAGCUCACACAUUAACAGUUCCCACAACUUAGUAAAUGACCAAAUAAGCAUAGCCGUAGAAACGAGGGACAAUCUAUUAUCACAAAGACAAACAUUCAAGAGAAUGAAAACACGAUUUAAUGAUAUCAAUAACAAAUUUCCAGUGAUAAAUAAUCUUAUGCAAAGGAUACGCAUCAGGAAACGUUCAGAUUCUUUAAUUUUAGGUUUUGUGAUAGCAGUUUGUACGAUAUUGUUAUUUUUAUAUGCCUUCCAUUAAUAAAAUUAUCAUAUAUGGUCUAAUCAUUGAAUGGGAUAAUUAUCAGAAUUCUUACUGAUUUUUUUCUAAUAAAGCUGUUGCUAUUUUGUUUCUGAAUGA